UUAAAAACAACGUUAUGAAAUUUUUGUUUGUGGUAUUAACUAUAAUAUCCUUAACGCAAAAUUGGAAAAUUCAUUGUCAGAGAUGUGGCAGACCUGAGGAAUUUGGAGGAGAUGUGAGAAUUGUUGGUGGACAACCAGUCGGUUAUUAUAAAUACCCUUGGUUUGCAAUAUUGGAAUCGGUCGGCACAAGACGACAAGUAACUUGUGGAGGAAGCUUAGUAACCAAGAGGCAUAUUAUAACGGCAGCACAUUGUUUCAAAGGGAUAAAAACAAACUUAGCAAAUGUUUAUCAAGUUUCUUUCGGGAUUUACGAUAAUUGCAUUCCGAAUGAUCCCCACCGGACAAUUCACCAGGUGGAAUCAGUGAAGGUACAUGGACAAUACGCCAAGGAAGAUCCAUGGUUCGACAUCGCUAUUAUGACGCUCAAGGAGGAUGUUAAUUAUGAACCGAUCUGCCUUCCUCCAAAAGGUGGUCAAUUGCCUCCAUAUGGAGUAGUGACAGGAUUUGGAGUGACGCAAGAAGGUGGGUUUACCGAACCCUGUUUGCAACAAGAAGUUGCUGUUGAUAUUCAUAGUAGAGUAAGUUUAAUUUCUUAUUUCUUAGUUAUAUAA